AUGCGGUCCAUCGCGAUUCUGGUCGCGGCCUUCUGUGCCAGUGCUGUCAGCGCUGUCCCGGGCCUCGACUCGCGCUCCUCCUUCCUUGCCGCACGCAAACCGGCGCCUUUGCCCAGCAGCUUCAAAUGGAAGUCCACCGGCCCACUCAUAGGCCCAAAGGACGACGGCCGCAACCUCGCGGGGAUCAAGGAUCCCACCGUCGUCGAAGUAAACGGCACCUACCACGUCUUUGCCAGCACGGCCAAAGCUGAGGGCUACAACCUGGUCUACCUCAACUUCACCGACUUCGCCCAGGCCGGCUCGGCCCCCUUCUACUACCUCGAUCAGAGCCCCAUCGGCACGGGCUACCGCGCGGCGCCCCAGGUCUUUUACUUUGGCCCCCAGAAGCUCUGGUACCUGGUCUACCAGAACGGCAACGCGGCCUACUCGACCAACCCAGACAUCGGCAACCCUGCGGGCUGGACCGCACCGCAGGUGUUUUACCCGGCCGGCAUGCCCAAGAUCAUCGAGCAAAACAUCGGCCAGGGCUACUGGGUCGACAUGUGGGUGAUUUGCGACGCGAAGCUCUGCCACCUGUUCUCGUCCGACGACAACGGCCACCUGUACCGCUCGCAGACCAAGCUGGCCGACUUCCCGGCCGGCAUGAACGAGCCCGUCAUCGCCUUGCAGGACCUGCAGAACAAGUACGCCCUGUGGGAGGCCUCGUGCGUGUACGCCAUCAAGGGCGGCAAGGGGAAGCAGAAGUAUCUGCUGCUUAUCGAGGCAAUUGGGAGUGACGAGCAGCGGUGGUUCCGCGCGUGGACGUCAGAUAGGAUUGACGGCGACUGGACGGCGUUGGCGGACACCUAUGAGAACCCGUUUGCGCGGUCGAAUAAUGUUAUGUUUGGGGAGGGCGUCGAGCCGUGGACGAAGAGUAUCAGCCAUGGCGAGGUGGUGAGGUCGUUGACGGAUCAGACGCUCACCAUUGAUACGUCCAAGCCGCUGCGGUUCUUGUACCAGGGCAUGGAUCCCAAUGGGGGCGGGGUAGAGUAUAACGCUCUGCCGUGGCGGCUGGCGCUGCUUACGCAGAUCAAGUCGUGCACCUAG